GCGAGACUCGUGGUUCCGGCCGCCCGGCCUCAGGGAGCGGUGGCAGCGGUGGCGGCGGCAGCCCAGGAGCAGCAGGCGACGGGAAGACUGCACUGUGGGAGAGACACUAGUUCCUGAGAGCCAAGCUCCAAAUGGGGACCACACCCUGGUCUGCGACUGCCCAGAGGCCGGAAACAGGAGCUUUGGCGAGGUCCCUGCAGAAUGAAGAAAUUUGGAAAAUACCCAAGUUCACUAUGUUAUUGCGAGGCCUAGAAUGUGCCUGAGAAAACUCCAGUCUCAUUAGCUGAACUCAGGGCGUGUGAACAGGAGCGUGAUCCGAAUGGAGCCUGGAAAGCGGGGAGAUGAGAACAAGAAGUGAACUCGGAUUUCCAGCCCACCUUAGGGCAAAGGGAGAGGAUUCCACAGAUGUUGGCGAGGAGGACAGCUUCCUUGGUCAGACUUCUGUUCACACGUCUACCCCACAGACAUUUAGUUAUUUCUCUCAGGCAUCAAGCAGCGGUGAUCCGUUUGGGAAUAUCGGACAGUCGCCAUUAACGACUGCAGCAACAUCAGCUGGACAGCCAGCAUUCCCCAAGCCCCCAGCGGCUCUCCCUUUUACAGCCGGGUCCCAAGAUGCAUUUCCACUGUCCAGCUCAAAGGCUCCACAUGGUGCUCCACCGUCGUCACAGAUGGGAACAAGUGCUUACUUGCCUCCCCAGCCGAGUAGUCUCCCUCCUUCCAGUUUUGGGAGCCCACCCCAAGGCGUGCCCCAACAAGGGUACAACCCCUAUCGCCACACUCCCGUCAGCAGCAGAGCUAACCCUUACAUCACGCCACCGCAGCUGCAGCAGUGCCAAACACCGGGCCACCCUGCCCAUCCGCCACCCUCUGCACCCCCCGUUCACAUGUACCAGAUGCCUCCGGGGUCUUUGCCGCCGAUUCCUCCGCCAGUGCAGUCGGGGCUGUCCUCCGAAGGACAGUCACCAGCCCUCGCUAGGCCUGCGGGCCCCGCUGUGCAAGGGCCGCCUCCUUUCUUCCUUCAGAACCAGUAUGAACCCGUGCAGCCGCACUGGUUUUACUGCAAGGAGGUCGAAUACAAACAAGUGUGGAUGCCUUUCAGCGUGUUUGACUCCUUGAAUCUCGAAGAAGUCUAUAACUCAGUGCAGCCAGACCCCGAGAGUGUGGUUCUAGGCACGGACGGGGGGCGCUACGACGUUCACCUCUACGAGCGGACGAGGAGAGCCGUGUACUGGGAAGAGGGGCCCGCUGAGGUGCGGCGCUGCACGUGGUUCUACAAAGGGGACACAGAUAGCAGAUUUAUUCCCUACACGGAGGACUUCAGUGAAAAGCUAGAGGCCGAAUACAAAAAAGCUGUGACCACAAAUCAGUGGCACCGCAGAUUAGAAUUUCCAAGUGGAGAGACAAUUGUUAUGCACAAUCCAAAGGUUAUUGUUCAGUUCCAGCCUUCAUCAGUGCCAGAUGAGUGGGGGACCACACAAGAUGGACAGACAAGGCCCAGGGUUGUAAAGCGUGGGAUUGAUGAUAACCUUGAUGAAAUUCCUGAUGGGGAAAUGCCUCAGGUUGACCAUUUGGUGUUCGUGGUACAUGGCAUUGGACCUGUGUGUGACUUGCGCUUCAGAAGCAUUAUUGAAUGUGUGGAUGAUUUUAGGGUGGUUUCACUCAAAUUGCUGCAGACACAUUUCAAGAAAUCUUUAGAAGAUCGGAAAAUAAGCAGAGUGGAGUUCCUGCCGGUCCACUGGCACGGUGCGCUGGGCGGGGAUGCCACAGCUGUUGACAGGAAUAUUAAGAAAAUCACUUUACCAAGUAUUGGUCGGUUUCGUCACUUUACCAACGAAACCUUGCUGGAUAUUCUGUUUUACAAUAGCCCCACCUACUGUCAGAAGAUUGUGGAAAAAGUGGGAAUGGAGAUAAACCGUCUGCACGCACUCUUUAUGAGUCGGAACCCAGACUUCAAAGGAGGGAUCUCUGUUGCUGGUCACAGUUUAGGUUCUUUAAUAUUGUUUGACAUCCUGUGUAAUCAAAAAGAUUUGGCUUCACCAGCGUCUCCGAGGCCUUUUGCAGUCGCUAACGGAGCGGUGGGGCGGCCGCAUUUUCAGGAGAAGCAGAUGCAUGAGGAGCCAAAGCUGACCUUGGAUGAGUCUUGUGACCUUGAUGUUGAAAAUGAAGAAGUCCUAACUUUGCAAGAAACUCUGGCAGCACUUAGCCUCUCUGAAUACGUUAGCACUUUUGAAAAGGAAAAGAUUGAUAUGGAAUCUCUGCUUAUGUGUACGGUUGAUGAUCUGAAGGAGAUGGGAGUACCUCUGGGACCCAGAAAGAAGAUAGCUAACUUUGUAAAACAUAAAGCAAUCAAACUGGAACAGAAAAAAGCAGCUUCAGAAAAGAAGGCGAUGACGGCAGCUUCAGCCAAAGGACAGGAGGCAAGUGCUCAGAAACCUAAAGAGACGGCGUCCGGGAGGAGACCUCCAGGCGGCGCUGCUGCUGCUUCUGUGCGUGUCGAUUACGAGUCUUUCGAAGUCGGCACCGGACAGGUUUCUGUUGUUUAUAGCCCAUUAGACUUUGAACCGGAGAUUUUCUUUGCCUUGGGAUCUCCAAUUGGUGUGUUUCUCACGAUUCGAGGAGUGGAUCGGCUAGAUGAGAACUACAGACUUCCCACCUGUAGAGGGUUCUUUAAUAUUUAUCAUCCGCUUGAUCCAGUGGCAUACAGACUAGAACCCAUGAUUGUUCCAGAUUUGGACCUAAAAGCUGUUCUCAUUCCACAUCACAAAGGCAGAAAAAGGCUUCAUUUAGAGUUGAAAGAAAGUCUCUCUCGCAUGGGAUCUGAUUUGAAGCAGGGUUUUAUCAGCUCUCUGAAAAGUGCGUGGCAGACACUAAAUGAGUUUGCUCGUGCUCAUACCUCUUCAACUCAGUUACAAGAAGAAUUGGAGAAGGUAGCCCAUCAAAUCAAAGAGGAAGAAGAAAAGCAAGUCGUUGAAGCAGAAAAGAUUGUUGAAAGUCCCGAUUUUUCCAAGGAUGAGGACUACUUAGGAAAGGUUGGAAUGCUAAAUGGAGGCCGCCGCAUUGACUACGUUCUGCAGGAAAAGCCAAUAGAAAGUUUUAAUGAGUAUCUUUUCGCUCUUCAGAGUCAUUUAUGCUAUUGGGAAUCUGAAGAUACUGCCCUGUUAUUACUUAAAGAAAUUUAUCGAACAAUGGAUGUUAGUCCAGAACAGCCCCAGCAUUAACUGGACUUCAGUCUCCCUGUAAUCUUUAAAAUUGGAAUGCAUCUUAAAAUCAGCUGUUGCCUGGAUGAAAGUUGAGUCCUUCCCAGCGUGGCUUGCAUUUCUACAGCCGGUCACUGGGGGGCACUACCAACCUGCGUCUCCUUAAGCUAAUUUCUCUGAGGUUUAGCUGGACUCUGCUGGUGUUGUGAAUUUAGACCACAAAAUUUGCAGGCAGCAUGGGGUGGGUGUAUCAAUUCAGAUACCAAGGAAACUUUCCCCUCUUCCCAUAUUUAAGGAGGAGGUAUAAAAACUUCUUUGUCCUCCCUUCUGUGGGAAGGGUUAUUUUUUUACCCGUCAUUGAAGUUGUAGCCAUUCGACGUCCUCACUUUUUGUGACAGCCUCUGUCUCCUUUUCAAUCUCCUGUCCUGGGCGUCUUUUCUUCGCGUGGCACGUAAAGCAGUGGUGCAUUGGAUUCAUUGAAUGUGGUGUUUGCUGUAACGUUACAGUUUGUACUGUCGGACAGUGAUAAGUUACCGGUAGCUGGUAGUCUUGGCUAUUAUUCCAAAUGAACUUUGAAAUGAUUCAAGUUCCCCAGAAGGCUCUCCCCGCAAAAUGAACAAAACUCUAAACUCUACAGUCCUCAGAUUUUAAUAUUACCUACUAUGAAAAAGAACCAUGCACACUUAAUUUGCUCACUGUUUAUUGUUUCAUUUCUUUGUAUACUUUGUUGUAAAGUUUAGGCAAGAAUUUUAUAGUUCCUAAUACUGGCGUGAUACCAUAAAGUAAUUAAUUUAAAAUACUAGCAGUUCUUCCAUACAUGGUUCACUCAAGCAGAGAUCAGUUGGCUAAAUUCUUUCAUGUUCAUCUCAUUUAUUCCUCUCUAUUCUUAUUCUUCCAAAGGCCCCAGAUUAGGCUGUCAAAGCUUUCUUCUACUUUCUGCACUCACCGCGUUAUAAAGGUGUCAUGCUGGUUAGUCUCGCGUGUGCCCCUGGCUGCACUUGCGUCCUUCCCUCCCCAGGGCCUGUCUGCGGGCUGCUCCUGCCUCUGUUGUUCAGGGGGAGGCACUUCGCAGCCCUGGACAGCGCGUUCUUCUGGUUCAGGGGGGCACGGCAGUGCGUUGUUAUAUUAUUACUGUGAGUUCAUGAUGUUCACCAAGGAUUCCUUUUCUCCUUUAAAGACUUUCUUGUCUUUCCAGAAAGUCACAGUAUGAAUUUCAUUGCUGAGAAAAUCCUCAGAGGACAUUCCCAGUUUGCUCCUGUGAUGGAUGACAGAAGUGACACAUUGACAAUUGCUCAGAUGUAAUUCUCAGAUGCAGGGACUCAUGGGGAAGAAAACACACAGAACAAAAGGACAGUGGGAACAGCACCACAUUCUGACGGUAUAGACGAGAAUACGUAACUGCCAGAACGACACACUUAAAACCCCUCAGAUCAUAGGUGGUACCAUUGUCAGAACAGUGUGUGGUGCCAGAGAGAUUUGUAGCACGCAGAUGGCUAUUUCUGUUUCCUAAAAACCCAGGGUCAAUCCCGUUAAGCUUGCAUUUUUUGUUGUAGUAUGUUCUUUUAUUCAAGUAUGGAUUUCUUGAGAAACUAUAGAAAUAUGAUUUAAGAAAAUGUAUGUUCUACUUUAAAUGUGAAUUGUUCUGAGAUGCUUUAACGUGGGGUCAUUUGUAUUUGUGACGAGGCAGUAACAGAUCAUUGAUACUCCAAGUCGAAGCAAAGUUUUUAUGAAGCCCUUCGAGCUGUUGCCGGGAGCGAAGCUGUGAAAGGAGAUGCACAGGCGUCCUGGGAGCUUCCCCACGUGCCGCUGCCGCUGGGGAGGGGCGCGGGAGGGGCCUCCCGCCGGGCGUGGUGGGGGCUGUGUGCUCGCCUCAUCUGAAGUUCCAGUUAACGUGGGAGCCAAACUAGAGGUUUUAUGGUUUGUGUUGUUUUGCUUUGUAUUAAUUAAUUUCACGGACACCAGAGUAUUUGAAAGUAUGAAAUGUAUUGCUUCUAGACCGUGAGUCUACUUCAUGAAAAGACUGUUCUGUAAUAUUUCAUUUUGUUUUACUACAUCUUUAAAUUAUCUUAACUGUUUACUAAUACUACAUGGGAAUGCUGAUUUUUCUUCUUUUGUUAUGCGGUAGAAACAUUUUGCACUGUUUACAUAGUUCUCAUGGAACAUAGAAUUUUUUGAAAGCAACAUACGAUACACAUUUUUGUGUAUAUGUUCUAAUUAGUGUGAAUAAAACAGUAACAUCAAUGCAUUUUUUUAAGCGGCAAACUUCUGUUUCUCUUGUCUUCCUUGCAAGUAUUCCUGUGAAUUUGGCAUUUAUUUACUUUUCAUUGUGGGUACGUGUUAUAUAUGGUUAAUACAUGGCAUUUGCUUCUAACAUGGAAUUAGGACAGUAGAUUUCGGGGCUGCCGGUGACCCCAGACGACAUGUGUGCCGCGCGCCUCGGUGUGGAGCUGCGGGGCUUUCUCAGGCCGCGCCGAGGUUUCCCCGCCUCCCCUCCGUCCUCAGUUCUCUGCGCCCGCGCUCCCGCUUUUCCUCAUUUCCACUCACUUCCCCAAACUGACGGCUUCCAGAAGGACGAGAUCAUUUGUGUACAUUUUAAUAAAAUCUAGUGUGAUUUUUCAAA